GCGUAGCACACACACGCUCGUCGUGGAUUAUUCGUAGGGCCGUCGUGAAAAGUAAAACGCGUUGGACUCUUGGUAGAUACGAUGUACAAGCGCAUAUACACGUAUUCUCGGUAGUAGAGAGGAAGGGGAAGCUGCACGGCUCACUCGCGAGACGAAACGAGACGAUUCGAUCGGUAAGCGUGAGUAAGAGAGAGAAAGGGGAACGGGCGACGAGCCGUCCGGGGGACGAGAACGGCGGGCAUCGAUUGGCGCGCUAGCCGUGACCCCCACCAUGCCGCUUUCGCUUUCACCCAAUGAGGCCUCACUUUCGCGCUCGCCCGCGCUCCGAGCCACGGCAGCCGGCACGCUGUCGUCGCCGGUACUCUCAGUGAUUCUGGUGCACCCUAAGUGUGAGCGAAUGUGCGAGAGCGUGCGUUUUUUCCUCUCGUCAUAUUUCUCAGAGCCACGCACGAGAGAAAAGAGAGAGAAAAAGACAAAUAAAAGAAAGAACGUGACAGAAAAAAAACGUUCUUACGUUGGUGAUUUUCUAUUCGCGAUUUGGAUGCUAAUAUUCAUUGAAGGCACGAAAAUUUAAGAGAGAGAGAGAAGGAGUGAGAGGGGGAGUAGGAGCGAAAGAGGUCUUAUUCAUCCUUUGAAAAUUGCGUUUAGUCGAACGUCGCGCGCGCCCCUCACCGGUGACCCUGACAAUCGGACACACCGGGCACACACGGCGCGCACGUCCUUCUUCGUGUUCUACAGCAGGUGGGAGAAGAAAACAAGAACAAGAAAGAAGACAGAAACAGCACCAUUAGUAUCAGCAUUAGCAUCAGCAUCAACAUCAGCAUCAGCAUCGAACCAUCCGCCUGCCAGUUCCGGUCGUACGUUCCACGGUACGCGAUCAUCGAGAGAAACUCGCCUACGUUGUUUCUCGUUACAUUCGACUGAGUCAUCGAGAAAAACAAAAGAGACGCGUUUUCGAUCUUAACGUGAAGUUUGUGCGUUUCGAGAAAAGAAUCUAAAGAACGAAGUACUCCAAGUGUCCACCCUUCAACGGUGUCGCCUCGAUCGAGCUGACCUUGACUUUGAUUUUUCGCCGAUCUUUGUGAUCUCGUUUUACCGAAUUCGUCGAGUCAAUUUUUACGCCUGUAGAUAGAUGGAUGAAUCUUCCCUGUCGUCGAAUUCUAACCUCCGAAUAACAUUCUAGAGCGAGACGCGCGCGCUCAUUCGCCGAUCAGGAAAGAGACAGAGAGAGAGAGACCACGUGACUUUCAUCUUGCUUCUCGAACGUGGAAUCGCGAAACAGGCGGGAAAAUGACCAAGUGAUCUGUACGUUAGUUACUCAAACGCUAGUAGCAGUUCGGCAUCAGUUGCAGCGUUUGCUGCUGGAAGAUAAGAAGAGGAAGAAACAGGGUAAAAUCAUUGACGAAGAGGAGGACAGAGGUAGGUGUGAGAGAGAGAGAGAGAGAGAGAGAGAGAGAGAGAGAGGAAGAGAAAGAGAGACGAAAAUCAAGAAAAACGGCUGCAACGGCUUUUGAGGUCGCUUGUUUGAGAGCCAUGGCCCCUCGGCGCCACGGCAACGGUCACGCUACUGGUGGUGGCCUCGGAGACAACAACGGUGUAGGUGCGACCGGAAGUAACGACGCCGUUCAAAUGGACAACAAUCUCGUGGUUGGCCAGAACAAUAACAUCAACAACGGCAUCAACAAUAACCAAGGUACGACUCGUUGCUGCACACCGACAGGCGAAUGUCUGCGCAGUGACUCUCUUAUUCGAAUGAACGCCUUGCAUGAUACGGUCAAGGUUAUUUGCAACAACGAGAACUGCCCGGUCGGUCAGUUUAUGCAUCGCGAAUGCUUCGAUGCGUGGGAGCAAACGAUCCUGACCUAUCUUAAAAGCUGCGGACGUGCAAGAAGCUGGUCUGAGAGACAACGUCAUCAAAAUCUCUGGACGAAAAAAGGCUACGAUCUUGCAUUUAAAGCUUGUGGAUGCCGUUGCGGUCGCGGCCAUCUUAAGAAAGACCUCGAUUGGAUGCCACCGGGCUUAGGUAACGCUGCCGGCAAUCGUCACGAUGAGAACGAAGCGAAGAAAAAGAAACGACGCAAUCGGCAGAACACUCGGCCGACUUUAGCCGUGUCGGCCGGUCCACCGAACCACUCGAGUCACGUAGUUUCCGCGAACGGACGUGGCACCACCGAAGCACAACUUAUCGAGUCUGGACGUGGCAGGGCCGGAUCCCUAUCAUCGAGCACCGGGUCGAGCUCACCGCCGGCCACCAGCGAACCCAGCGUCAGUCCUCUUCAUCAACCCCAGGCCAUCGUCAAGAAGAAAAGCAAGGUUGACUUUUUUGCAGAUCGGGCCAGACAAAGUUGCGGAGCCAAUGGUAUCUUCUCCCGUCGCUUGGACUUCAGCGCAUUUAACAGCUUGCCCCGCACCAAACUGAACUCCUAUCAUAUUAAGAUGGAGGAUGAGGGUAAUCACGGCAACGACGAUACCAGAUGCUUCAUUUUAUCGACUUUGGCAGCAUUGCAGUGGUCCAGAGUCUCUUGCGUUCUUUGUCGUGCCGCCAUGCUUGUCUUUGAUCGGUAUCCUUUGGUAGACGGCACUUUCUUUCUAUCGCCACGACAACAUUCUCCGGCUUGUGCUGAGGUAAAAGUCGAAGGUCGUACGCAAUUCCUAUCGGCCGUCUGCAUGAGUUGCCUUGAAGGUAGCGGCAAUGCUCCCGUGCGUUGUCGUUGCUGCACUCAACCAUGGGAUGGUUCCAGUUUGGUCCUUGGCACCAUGUACAGCUAUGACAUAUUUGCUGCUAUGCCCUGUUGUACGGAACGUCUCAAGUGCAACAGCUGCCAGAAGCCACUGAUCUACCCCCAUCAACGACUAAACUUUUACUCGGACUACAGCCGCGUGUUCGCCUGCCCGCACUGUAGAACCGUCGACGCCCACUUCGUGAAGCCUCUAUCGGUCUGCUUUACCCGCGAGCAAUUUCAACUCUAUAGUCAGUGGCCGUAACCAUUAGGGAAGUUAGCAAACCGGCGUCUAAGCAGUACGCCGUCCGACCCGAGCCCUCUCUUUUUCGACCCGUUGAUUUCCUUGCUUCGGGCGACCUUGCUCUAGAUAUUAUCUGCGAGAUUAUGACGUUAUUCUUAUCUCAUUACGGCAUUAUUCUUUCUCUCUCUCUGUCUUCGAGACAACGUCCACAAAAUAAUUUACAGAACGCAUCCGAUUUCUCUCUUCCCGAUCACAAGUCGAUUUUAUUCGUAACGAAUCCUUCAAAUUCUCUUACCCCUUGGAAAUUAUUCUUUUAGCAGAUGAUUUUGAUCAAUCGCUUUCACAAUCAUGAUUGCGAUCGCGUCGUUGCGAUUGAUCGAGAUAUCAAAUUUUUUAUUUUCUAACGCGAAAAGGGGUAGGUUUCUAUCGGUACGUUCUUUUCAACAUAUUAGAUCAAGAGCAAAGAAUCGUCUGUUUUUUGGAAGAGGUAUAUACCAAUUAAAGAGACAUUCGAUGCUUUUCUCUUGAUUGGUAAAUAUAAAUAUACAUAUAUAGGUAAUAAGAUAAUAAGUGAUAAUAGAUCGUGGCCGAUGUAUCGAGCGAGUGCAUCUCAUGACACCGAUCACAUAUUUUUGUUUUAGUUUUUCUUUCUUUUUUUCCCCCGUUCAUAAAGCUUGAAUCUCAUAGAAUGAAGGAUUAAUUAUGUUUAAUCGCGCGGUUAAAAGAAGAGUUUUAUUUAUCAGUAUUAUUAGAAUGAUGGAGGAAAAGCGAGAGAUGGUGGAAUUAUUGAGAAUCAUCGUCUCGAUACGUGCCAACGUCUCAAACUUAAGUUUAGAGUAGCUUUGUUCACUUGGUAAUUCACCGGUGUAAUCGGAAAAAUCUCUUAAAAUCGUUUAUUAGUCAAAUCGUAUUUCGCUGUUUCUUAAGUUAAAUCUUUUUAGUGAAAUAAGUUUCGUAGAGAAUUACUCGUGUAACAUUGUCUUUUUCACACAACUAUCUUACGGACUACUAGUUUAAGGAAAGCGUUAAAUUUAGUUUAGAAAAAUCUACGUAAGAUAAAGUGGGAUUGGAAGGAAAGACAAAAAAUGGGCUUUUAAACGCGCAAAUUCGGUAUUCAACAAAAACGAGAAAGAAAGAUAUAAAAUUGACAAAGAAUAUCUCUGUUGAUAUUCUUUGAGGAUAUCCUGUGAUCGGUGUUAUGUUCUUUUCUUUGCUUCAAAAUGAGGGAGAGAGAGAGAGAGAGAGAGAGAAAGAGAGAGAAUCUAUCGAUUCCCAUUGACAUCGAUCAUCUUAGUCAAAUUUUCUGCUUCGAAAGUAAUCAUAGGAACGAAAAAGAAAAGGUUAUUCGACGACGUUAGGUGGAAAAAGUAUAAUGGGUUCAACAUAAAAAGAAAAAUGAAAAAAAUCUAAAGGAUGAUGAAGGAAGAAAAUAGAACAGAAUAAAAGGGGUAAACAAAAAGGCUAAGGAUUUUACUAAAAGGUCAAAAAAAAUAAAAACUAUUGUUUGUUACUUAGAGAUAAUCGAGAACGUUGUUUUUUUUUACAUUUUAUUAGUUUAUAUGUUUAAGGCGGCCAUGUUGAUUUUGUUUUAGGAUCUACGACUCACGCGAUGGGUUUAUUAAAUUUCGAUUGGUCGAGUGUUCCUGCGCGGACUUUUCCUUCUCUCUCUCUCUCUCGCAAACUUUCGUAUGAAUUAGAAAAAAGAUACGAGAUAAAAGAAUAAAAUGACGGAUAGAUAAUAUUUGCGAG